AUGCCUCUCUGGUCUGCCGCGGCGCUGGGCCUUGUUAUUGCAGAGAUCGUCUACGGUCAACAGUUGACGCUCAAUUCCCCGUUCGUCCUCGGCGUCGUCGACAAUCACGCCACCGUCGUCAACUACGAUCUUACGACCGGCGCUGUCGCCGGAAUCGCCUGCGGGGCCGUCGUCGGUGCCAUUGCCAUCUUUACGCUCAUCAUCUACUUUUGCUGCCGGCGCCGUCUGGGCAACUUUCUGGCCGAAAAGGAAUACCGGCGCCACCGCGAAGAAUCUCAGGUCACUGGUGUCGAUCUCAUUUCGCCGUACGCAGACCUGCUGGUCAGCCGCACAACUGAUCCCGAACCCAUUACGUCCCCGUCAAUGAGCCAAAUCACGGCAAACACACCGACAGUCACUACGAGGGACAAGCAUGGGGUCGUGACCGACUACAUGGAGGGACUUCACCGCGAAGAGUCAGGCACACAGACGGAUAGCGGGAUAGCCACUUCGUCCGGUGGAACCGCUAUCAGUGAGUCGCACCAAGCCUCCUCAUCCCAGUCACGGAAGAUUGGCCCCGAGUCCACCACCAGCAUUUCGGUUCCGGUCGCGGCACCUUCGCAGAGCGGCGAGGUCCUCCAGCACCACGAUGGAGGACGACUGGCAGUAGCCUCGCAGGAGGAGGUCCCACCGCAGUACGACGAGCAGUGGCGUGACGACUGA